CGGUCCUCGAUGGCGUUCAGCGCGUCCUGGCAGAUCCUGUCGCCCGUGCAGUGGGCCAAGUGGACGUGGUCCGCGGUGCGCGGCGCGGGGGGCGGCAGCCCGGGCGGCGAGGCCGGGGGGGACGCGGAGAGUGCGGCGGCGGCGGCCGGGCAGCCGGAGCGCGGCGGCUGCGGCGAGGACGAGGAGGAGGACGCGCAGGCGGAGACGAAGUCGCUGAGCCUCAGUUCGGAUUCGGAAGGCAAUUUUGAGACUCCUGAGGCAGAGACCCCCAUCCACUCCCUGGGGAAGGAGCUGGCGGACGAGUCCCUGGAACCGGAAUCUGACCCGCAAGCAUUACGUGGAGAUGACAUGCAAUUGACAGCCAAAGAGUUGGAGAAGUCGUCCCAGGACUCGGCUUUGGCGAAGGAUGAAUUGUGGGCCAGCGAGCCGUUUUCCUCAGACACUGACCUUGGGCUUGGCGGAGGUUUGCCCAUGACUCCUCCUGCACCGGGGACGGACCUGUCUGCAGAGCGGCCUGCCGCUGUUGCGGAAGGAAGCGCUUCCCCGGGGAGGGCAGGCCCAGACCAGGCUCCAUCAAGUGUUGUGAGCUCGGUGGUUCCAGAAGGGCCUCAGGGGACGGUCCCGGAAGGCAGGGGGGCCCCUGCUGAAGGGUCUCCCGGAGCCCAGCCAAAUGGCGAGACGCCUGUGACCAGCAAAAGCAAGCUCCCAAGAGCAAAGCCGGCGGCUCUGCAGAAGAAAAUGGGGCGAGAGACCCCGGAGACGGAGUCAGGCAGGGAAGGCACCCCUGUCCCCAAAGCCACUUACCGCUUCGACCCAGAGGACUACAGUGAAAACCUGAACCCGUUUAUGACGGGGGGCUCCAAACUCCAAAACUCUCCCCCUGCAUCUCAGCAAGGUUUUGCUCCCUCGAGCAGCGACAUAGGGGAGGAAGGAGCCGGCGAGGCCAAGGGCCGGGCCGUGAAGCUCGAAUUUGAUUUCACAGAAGGGGGGGAAGGCCCUGAGACCAAGAAAGCCCCGCCAAGGAAAACCGGAAGGAAGGUGGCUAGUAAACUGUCCCCCAAGAGGCAAAGGAGUGCUGCCGGCCGGCCUGCUGCAGGUGCAGAGGACGGGGAGAAGACGAGUGCUGCGCCCCCCCCAGAGGUGCCCGCCCCCAAAGCCUCCUCCCAGGAGAACGCUGACCAGUGGGAGGACCCCAACCUCGACCCCUUUGCCGCGGGCUCGAAGUUGCAGAGCUCCCCGGCUCUUCCGGCGGGUUCCUACAACCUGGAUGUGGCUGACCCGUUCAAGCCCACCAAGACGUUGGACUCCUGCCCCUCUGCUGAGAACAGUCUCAAGGAGAUCCUGGAUUUGCAGGCGCUGGAGGCGGUGGGAGAUGACCUGAGGAAAGGCGCCGCCUCUCCCAAGAAGGCCAAGUCGCGGUUGAUAACGACUACUGAACAAGUGAAAUUUCUCUGUUUUCUGUUGAGCGGCUGCAAAGUAAAGAAAUACGAAACCCAGUCUCUCGUCCUGGAUGUUUGCUCUCAGGAUGAAGAAGACACGGACCUCAUCCCCAAAAUCCCGGAGCUGUCCAGUCGGGAUGGGCACGCCACCGACGAAGAAAAGCUGGCUUCCACAUCCUCCGGUCAGAAGCCAGCCGAGUUGGAGGCGAAAGGUGAGCCCGAGGAAGACCUGGAGUACUUUGAGUGUCCCAGUGUUCCUGUGUCUGCCAUAAAUCAUACGUUUUCAUCCCCGGGAGAAGGUCUCGAGAAGGAGCCGCUCGGCAGCCUGACGGAGAGAAGUGACGCCAGCGAUAUCUUGGGCCAUUCCGAACUGACUUCUGUGGACAAGCCCUCCGGAGUCGUCCCGGCCGGCACGAGAGGCAGUGCCGAAAGCCCUCUGGAUGCCAUUUGCCUCAGCGAAUCCGACAAGACAGCGGUGCUGACUCUGAUCAGAGAAGAGAUCAUCUCAAAAGAGAUCGAAGCCAAUGAAUGGAAGCGGAAGUACGAAGGAAGCCGGCAAGAGGUCUUGGAGAUGAGGAAGAUCGUUGCUGAAUAUGAGAAGACGAUCGCGCAGAUGAUAGAGGACGAGCAGAGGACGAGCAUGGCUUCCCAGAAGAGUCUGCAGCAGCUCACGAUGGAGAAGGAGCAAGCGCUGUCCGACCUGAAUUCGGUGGAGAGGUCCCUCUCGGACUUGUUCAGGAGAUACGAGAACCUGAAAGGCGUCCUGGAAGGGUUCAAGAAGAAUGAAGAAGCCCUGAAGAAGUGCGCUCAGGAUUAUCUCAAUCGGGUCAAACAGGAGGAGCAGCGGUACCAGGCCUUGAAAAUCCAUGCGGAAGAGAAGCUGGACAAAGCCAACGAAGAAAUUGCUCAGGUCCGUAUGAAGGCCAAAGCCGAGAGCGCUGCUCUCCACGCCGGGCUCCGAAAAGAACAAAUGAAGGUCGACUCACUAGAAAGAGCUCUCCAGCAAAAGAACCAGGAAAUUGAAGAGCUGACUAAGAUCUGUGAUGAACUGAUUGCCAAGCUAGGAAAGACCGACUGACCCCUCCUCACUGUCCGGAGCACCCUGCGCUUGGCCGCUUCCUGUCGUCUGUCCGCGUCUUCACGCAAGCACCUUGCCUUACGUUCCAGGACACCAUGUUCCCCUUGCAGCAGAGAGAGGAGCACAGCCUGACUUCACAAGCCCGACCUCGCCAGAUGGGUGAUGCCAUUCUGCUUGCUGGAAUGCACGGCGGAGAGCCGUCCCGCUCCCGCAGCACGGAGCACCUCGGGAAGACACGGUGCUUUGGUGGCAGGGGCGGGCCAGCAAGAGAGGUGCCGCUUUACCUGAGCAGGCCCUUCCCGUCCUCACCUGCAGCCGGUACGUGAGGAACGCAGGCUGGAUGGAAUCCGAAGGCACAAGAAACAAAGCUGGUGCAAACGCAGGUGUUUUGUGGGACGGGCUGAUGCCCAGGGUGGUUUCCCAGGGGUGGAGCACACACAGAAUCUAGAUCAGGGUUUCGGGGUCCUGGGAGAAUUGGGUCUUUGUGAGCUGUGAUGUAGAUAGCAGUCUUUUCGCACUUGGAGGUGUCACAGUUUUAUUGGGUCAUGAGUGUUGAUGGAACAGAAAGUCUGCGUCAGUAAAUCAUUAAGUGCACAAUCCAGUGCUAGUUUAGACAAAAACGGUCUCCAUCUCAGCCUUUUUUCUGUCUCAGUUUGCAUAGGAUUGUGCACUUAGUGGCUGAAUGAUUUAUGAUGGGGCGCACUUUGGGUUCACAAAACUCGCGACAUAAAUGUUCGCCUUUUGGGGCCCACCAGGCCCUUUCUGUCCGCGGUUGCAGACGAAUGCAUCUCCCUUGCUGGAAUUUGUGUCUCACUGAGUGCACUUUAAUGCCACGGCAUGAGCACAGGCUCCCCCCCGAGAGCACAAAUUGCUCAGUGUGCACCUGGAAUUCCAGGAUAAUGCAGCCCGACCCAUUAUCCUUGGAAACUGGCCCAAGGAGGUGGAGUCAACACUCUAGGUGCAUAGUUCCCCCUUCCUAAUGUACCUUCCUGCUCCGAGUUCCCAGAGAAUAAUCCCAUACCUGUAACCUAUUCUAAAGAAAUCCUCCACCUUGUGGCAACUUAAAUUGAUGUCUGAUUUACCUGGGAAUUAGAUGCACCAGCUGCUAAGUGAAGUUGCCCACCCACAAAAUGACCUCAGACGGAUUCUUGCCUUCCAGUGUUCAGCAGAAAACCCCUGUGCAUUUUCCCCUUUGCUUGGCCCACAGAGGAAUCCUUGAAGCACUUUGUUCGCUGCAGCCAGGGGAAAUCCCACAAGAGGUGCCCGUGUUUUAACCCUACACAGACAGAGAGAAACAGAUGCUCCCAGGCCGCGCACCGUCUUGCCUCGUUCCUUGCGGAGCGAUUCCUCUCGUGCUCUUCUGUCUGUGCCACCUUUAGAGUCAGGAUUCCUGAGAACCUCACUCAAUUUUUGUUUAAUGUCGAAACUACUGUCUAGCUUCAUGGGGUCAGGAAAAGGGGCCGCCAAGGCUUUGUGUGUGCCCCCAUCUCAACAGCGCAAACUCUUGCUUCUGAAACGAGAGAGCCAGUCGUUCCAGAGCAGGGACUGGCUUUGCCUGCCCCCUGGAAAUCUCCCGCCUCCCCUGAUGCGACCCCCUCUGUGGCGCUCUGCCUUCCCACGCUUCUCGCUCUGCUGCUCGCUGCUCUUUGCCCACACACGGCGUUGGCGCGGCAGCCCCGGCACUCUCGGGCCCCCUGCCAGGUCAGGAAACAGCGGGUCACACAGCACGGCUCUUCGCCAGCAAUCUUGCACAGACCUCGUGCCCACCUGGAAGUGGGCUGGCAGCAAACCGCACGCCGUGUGGGAGGCCCUCCCGUCUCCAACAUGCUCCUGGCGAAUUCCUACAGGUGCAGGAGCCCAGGUGUGCCGCUCCCUUUGAUGAUACGCCGGGGCAGGCGCAGCCUAGGAAUGUGGUGGUGCCGGGCCCAGGAGGCCCCACUGACAUCUGGUUCCAGGUUCUGGUCAUUGGCAAUGAGCAGGACCUGUGAGAAGGAAGCGGCUUGAUGCCACGCUCUGCUGUCCUUGCGUGCGAACAGCCCCCGCCUCCUGCUGCAACAGGCCCGCAGGUGAGAUGCGAUGCCCCAGCAGGUUAUCUGUUUGGCCCUCUGACCCCAGCGAGGGCGGAAGCAGAGAAAUGCGAGGUGCGGCCACGAGGCCCUUCCCUGCUCUCCUCUUCCAGAGUUCUGUGGUUUGAUACCAUCUCACGGUGAUCCACUGGGUGUUCGGUAGUUGCACUUUUGUCUGUGGUGUGUGUGUGUGGGUGGGUGGGUGGGUGUGCAGGCGCGCAUGUGCAGACACACACGGUGCCAAAUGCUUCUCUUGUCUCGUGUGCCUCUCAAGCAUGCCACUGAAAUGUGGGCAAAGAAGAUUCCUAAGGAAUGACAUUAUUAACUAUAAUAUGGUUAUUCUAGUUUGUGCCAAUAUUUAAAGAUGUAUAAUGGUUCUCGUUCGGUGCAGUGGAUGGUGCGUGUGUGAUUUCAGUCUGUGGAACUGUGGUCUCUGUGGCAGAAGGGGAACAUUUGCUCCCCAGGUUGCUGGUUCUUUUCUUGCAAUCUCAUCUUUGCAGCUUCCGCCGGUCUGUUUGCGGGAGGAUUUGAGAUGAACACCCUCCUGGGGGCAGGAGGUCAAGCUGGAGAGACUGCACAAGCAGCAGCCCAAACGCUCAGCUCCAGGCCUGAGUCGAGGGCCACGGGACUCCCUCGUUUCAGGACCGUCGCGCAAGCUCCUUGACCUCGCGUUGCCCCAUGCUGUGCCGUGCCCCGUUUCCGCCUCCCCCAGGACCGGAAGUGGUAGUUGCACUGCUUAAUUUCUGGAGGUUGCUAAUCCGUGUAACAGAAUGGCCCCUGCCUUACAAUCCUGCUAAGGUGAACCGAGCACGGUCUGUGCCUCAAACUCCAAACCUGGGGCAGGGAAGAGGUUCUGGUAUCUUCUGGCGGCUAUGCUACCAUUUUGCAGAGGGCAUUUCUGGAAAGCAGCGUACCCAUUACUGGGAAGGAUGCGGGUAAACCGAGGCUGUGCAAGGUCCGGGGCACUUACGGGGUCAGUGUGUAAUCAGUGCCGUGACAUUGCGGCCCAGAGGAAAUACCCAAACUAGCGGGAUUAAUGCUUGCUAAAAUAACUGAGUAGAUUCAGUUUCCUCCCACCCCAAAAAGAGGGAUGGACUAGCUCGCCUCUGGCUCCCAGCAUGCCUUUCUCUCUCUGCAAGGAGAUCUAAUCAGCCCCUUUGCACAAGAGCCCACCUGCACAGACCCAGGUGUUGCUGUCUGCCCGUGUACAAUUGCUGAGAGCUCUCGUGUAUGACCAACAAACACCCCUUGAAACAUUAUCAUUAACCUGACUGUUAAUUUGGUUCCCCUGCACCUCCUGGCAAAGAAAGAGGCCCUCUGGAGAGGGUAGCUUUGGGCAGUGGCUCUAAGUAACUUGUCACCUUCACACAUAGCUAUGUAUGAUAAUUUCCCUUUUCUAUGUCAGGUAAAUAUUUGUAAGAGUUAUACUCACACAAAUGAGAUUAUAAUAAUGAUUACUAAUAUAUUUUUUCCAUGUUCCAUUGCCCAAAUAAAAACAAUGUGUUUCCAA